AGUCGGUGUGUUUUUGUUGACGCACAAAGAUUGACAGCUGAUUUUACGAAAAGAUUAGGACAUGGAGUUUGCAGAGCUAAUAAAAACGCCCAGGGUGGACGGGGUUGUCCUGCACCGGCCUUUCCUGCCCACAGUGGAGGGAACCCUGUGUCUGACCGGACACCACCUGAUUCUGUCUUCCAGACAAGACAACACGGAGGAACUGUGGCUGCUCCAUUCAAACAUCGAUGCCAUAGAGAAAAGAUUUGUGGGUUCACUUGGAAGCAUUAUUGUCAAAUGCAAAGACUUGAGGAUUAUAAAACUGGACAUUCCCGGAAUGGAUGAGUGUUUAAACAUUGCCAGUUCAAUUGAGGCCUUGUCCACCCUGGAUUCUGUGUCUUUGAUGUACCCUUUCUUUUAUCGGCCCAUGUUUGAAGUAAUUGAGGAUGGCUGGAACACUUUUCGUCCUGCAGAUGCUUUCAAAGACCUGGAGUCUAUGACCGAUGAGUGGAGACUAAGUGAUGUCAACAAAGACUUUAGCAUCUGUCUGUCAUACGCACCACUAGUGGCUGUUCCUAAAGAUAUUGAUGAUGAAACAUUAAGGAAAGUUGCAACUUUCCGUCAUGGUGGCCGCUUCCCAGUGCUUAGCUACUACCACAAAAAGAAUGGCAUGGUGAUGAUGCGAGCUGGACAGCCUCUAACAGGCACCAGUGGGCGACGGUGUAAAGAGGAUGAGAAGCUGAUCAAUGCCACUCUGCGUCCUGGUAAACGUGGAUAUAUCAUUGACACACGUACCGUCAAUGUGGCCCAGCAGGCAAAGGCUAAAGGAGGAGGAUUUGAAUCUGAGGCAAAUUACCCACAGUGGAGGAGGAUACACAAAGCUAUUGAGAGGUCAAAUGUGCUGCAAGAGAGCCUGAUUAAACUGGUUGAAGCCUGUAAUGACCAGACCCACAGCAUGGAUCGAUGGCUGAGCAAGCUGGAAGCGUCAAACUGGCAGACUCACGUCAAAGAGAUCCUGACGACGGCUUGUCUGGCUGCCCAGUGCAUUGAUAGAGAAGGAGCAUCAGUUCUUGUUCACGGCACAGAGGGGACAGACUCAACCCUGCAGGUUACCUCUUUGGCCCAGAUCAUUCUUGAUCCAGCUUCUAGAACCAUCCGAGGAUUUCAGAAUCUGGUGGAGAGAGAGUGGCUCCAGGCCGGUCACCCAUUCCAAGUGCGGUGCUCUCAGUCGGCCUACUCCAACACUAAGUCGCGUCAGGAGGCCCCAGUGUUCCUGCUCUUCUUGGACUGUGUCUGGCAGAUCCUUCGACAGUUUCCAUGCUCCUUUGAAUUUAAUGAGAGUUUCUUGGUGCUGCUGUUUGAACAUGCCUAUGCCUCUCAGUUUGGGACCUUUCUUGGCAACUGCGCAGCUGAUAGGGUAAAGCUGGGUCUGCUGGAGAAGACAGUGUCCCUCUGGUCCUGGGUGAACCGACAGCAAGAGCUCGAGCGACUGACUAACCCACUGUAUGAGGCCAACAGUUUAGUGAUUUGGCCCUCGGUUGCUCCCCAGAGUCUGCUCCUAUGGGAAGGAGUGUUUCUUCGCUGGAACCGCUCCUCCAAGUGCCUGGAUGAGGCAUAUGAAGAAAUGGUUCAUAUCAUAGAGUACAACAAGGAGCUGCAGAGCAAAGUGAACACCCUCCGCAGGCAGCUGGCUCAACUUGAAACUGAGGAUCCACUGCUGCAGUCACCAUAAACGGGUAACAUGGCAAAAUGUAUGCCCCAAGAGGAAAGUGUUGGGUUGAACCACCAAAUAUAAAAUGGGAUGCAUACAUUUUCCUUUAAAGAAGACAUAUUAUGCUUUUGUCUGCAAUAUAAUUAUAAUCUAUAACACCAUGGAUUAUCGUUAGUUUAUAAAAUAUAAACUAAUGACAUUUUAGCAAUAUUGAUCUAAAACAACUUAAAAUAAAUCUUUGAGUGGGAAAAUGAAAAGUAUUUCAAACAUUGUCAAAUGCUCUUAAAAAUCUACUUUGCCUAAUAUGUCUUCCUUAAGAAUUUGUGGGUUUGUCUACUUUAUCUGUACACCAUAUUGCACUUUGAUUUUGUUUAAGCAGCUACACAUGCGUUCCACUCCCUCUGCCAAAUGCUGUGUCUCCGUGGAAACAUAAUAUAGGGUCUAUAAGGCCAGUCACGAUGCAAUGAUAUGUGUAGGCAGAGUCACCACCUACUGGUAUUUGCUUAUAUAAAAAAUAUGUAUCAAUGUGUAUCACUUACUUUAUAUAUUUCUGUUACUGUUAAAAAUGCUAAAAUAUCAGUAUAAUUGCGCAUACGGGGAGGGUUUGUGUGAUAUAUUCAGCAAAAAAGGUACAUUGCACAUAUAUUUGCAGAGGGUGCUAAUAUUAUCAAAGGGUGAAGGUUGUUUGUCCUCAAGUCUCAAUAAGUUCUAAACUGAAAAAGGAUAAACAAUUAUGUUUGAAAAAAAUUUCCCAGAAGUAAUACAGUACAAGUAAUUCAACAGCACCGCCCUACAGAUGAUUAUUAAAAAAAACAUUUAACACACCCAUUUUGGUAUAUGCAUAUGGGAGUACUGGUACUAUUCAUUGUUGAGCACUUUAUUGCACAAACAUGUAAGUAACAGUGAUUGUGGUCCACGGUUCACUUGUUUGUAAGUGUCAGCUAGUUUAACCUCAUUCGCCCAAAGUUCCUGAGUUUUCUCAAUGGAAACAGUCACACUAAUCUCUAAUUGAACUGUCACUAUUACACUAACAGCUUUACAAAUAAGUUUACAUUUACUUUGUAAGAGCUCUGUAAACAUCACUGGAAAUACUGCUGUGUUUUCAUAGUCUGACUCAGAACAUCUCCUUUACUUUAGAGCAAUGAGCUUGUAGGUGUCUCUUUGAAUUUGCCUCUUUGCUUUUGCCUUAAAAUAAGUGAAUAUGAUUAACAUCAAUAAAUAUUGAUGUUGUAAUUGUUUUGCAAAUACAAUGCACAUUAAACAUAUUCUUAUGCAACCAA